GCGCUAUGGCAGGGCUGGAAGCCUGCACCCUGACCAAAGCUGCCCUGAUCAUCCUGCUGCUGCCCGGAAGCUGGGAGGAGUGUGGGCACAUCAGCCUCUCGGCCCCCAUUGUCCGCCUGGGGGACCCCAUCACAGCCUCCUGCAUUAUCAGCCAGAACUGCAGCUUCCUGGACCCGGAACCACAGAUUCUCUGGAAAUUGGGAGCACAGCAGCAGCCUGGGGGGAGGCAGCAGCGCCUGCCUGAUGGAACCCAGAAGUCCACCAUCACCCUGGCCCACCUCAACCACAGUCAGGCCUUCCUCUCCUGCUGCCUGCGCUGGGGCAACAGCCUGCAAGUCCUGGACCAAGCUGAGCUGCGGGCAGGCCACCCUCCUGCCGUACCCUCCAACCUAUCCUGCUUCAUGAACCUCACGACCAACAGUCUCACCUGCCAGUGGGAGCCAGGACCCGACACCCACCUGCCCACCAACUUCACCCUAAAGAGCUUCAAGAGCCGGAGCAACUGUCAGACCCAGGAGGACUCCAUCCCGGACUGCGUGCCUGAGGACGGGCAGAGCUCCUGCUCCAUCCCCCGCAAACACCUGCUCUUGUACCAGAAUAUGGUCAUCCAAGUACAGGCAGAGAAUGCGCUGGGGACCAGCCUGUCCCCAAAGCUGUGCCUUGAUCCCAUGGAUGUUGUGAAACUGGAGCCCCCUACACUGUGGGCCGUGGCCCCACGUCAGCCAGGCUGCCUGUGGCUACACUGGGAGCCAUGGAAGCCRAGCCUGUUCAUGGACCAGAAGUGUGAGCUGCGCCUCCGGCCACAGCGUGGAGAGGCCAACUGGACUCAGGUGGCCACGCUGCCCUCAAACAUCCUCCAGCAUGAGCUCUGUGGGCUCCCUCCAGCCACAGCCUACGCCCUGCAGGUGCGCUGCAUCCGCUCUCACCUGCCUGGCCACUGGAGCCGCUGGAGCCCCAGCCUGGAGCUGAGAACGGCUGAGCCGGCCCCCUUCGUCAGACUGGACACAUGGUGGCGGCACAGGCAGCUGGACCCCAGGACAAAGGGCGUGCAGCUGUUCUGGAAGCCAACGCCCCUGAAGGAAUACAGCGGGCAGAUCCAGGGGUACCUGCUCUCCUGGAGACCCUCUGGCCAGGCUGAGACAGCCCUGCCCCUCUGCAACACCACAGACCUUAACUGCACCUUCUGCCUGCCUUCAGAAGCCCAGGAGGUGACCCUUGUGGCCUACAACACAGCGGGGACCUCUCAUCCCACUCUCAUCCCAGUGGACUUCCUGGAUAGCAACGGCCCACCCCUCACCAGACUCCAAGCCACAGCCAGAGACCCUCACAGCCUCUGGGUGCACUGGGAGCCCCCCAGCCYUCGGCCUCAGGGCUAUCUGAUAGAGUGGGGCCCGGGUCUCCCCAGCCCCAGCAGCAGCAAUAAGAGCUGGAAGAUGGAAUUUGACGAGAACAUCACGGGGACUGUGCUGCAGGAGAACAUCAGGCCCUUUCAGCUCUAUGAGAUCACUGUGACGCCCCUAUACCAAGGCACCGGGGGACCCUCCAAGCAAAUCUACGCCUACUCCCAAGAGAUGGCCCCCUCCCGUGCCCCAAGGCUCCAUCUAAAGCACAUUGGCAAGACCUGGGCACAGCUGGAAUGGGUACCUGAGCCCCCUGAGCUAGGGAAGAGCCCACUCACCCACUACACCAUCUUCUGGACCAAUCUCCAGGACCAGUCCUCCUCCACCAUCCUGAAUGCCUCCUCCCGUGGCUUUGUCCUCCAUGACCUGAAACCCGCAAGUUUGUACCAYGUCCACCUCAUGGCUGCCAGCCAGGCUGGGACCACCAACAGUACAGGCCUCACCCUGAUGACCUUGGCCUUAGGGGAGUCAGAGCUGUACAUCUUCCUAAGCCUGUCUGGCCUCCUGGUUUUGUCCAUCUGCCUCUGUAGAACUGCCUGGGUCUACUGCAGCCCCAGCAGGAAGAAUCCCCUCUGGCCAAGCGUGCCAGACCCAGCCCACAGCAGCCUGGGCUCCUGGGUGCCCACCAUCAUGGCAGAGCUGCCCCAACUCAAGAAGGGACAGUGGCUGGGGCAGACACCUGACAUGAACUGUGUCCUCACUCCAUUUCCUUAUGUCCAGGAGACCUUCCAGCUGCCCAGUCUUUGGGACCCUGGCAUGCCAACCAUCACCAAGAUCACCGUGCUAGAAGAAGAGGAGAAGAAGCCAGGGCCCUGGGAGUCCRGUGACAGCUCAGAGACCUGUGGCCUCCCCACCCUGGUCCAGGCCUAUGUGCUCCAGGGGGACCCAAGGGCAGUUUCCACACAGUCCCAGCCCCAGUCUGGCACCAGUGACCAGGUCCUUUAUGGGCAGGUGCUGGGCAGCCCCACCAGUCCAGAGCCUGGGCACUACCUCCGCUGUGACUCCACCCAGCCUCUCUUAGGGGGCCUCACCCCAAGUCCUAAGUCCUAUGAGAAUCUUUGGUUCCAGACCAGCCCCCUAGGGACCCCAGUGCCCCCACCCCAAAGCCAGGAGAACGACUGUGUCUUUGGGCCACUGGUUGACUUCCCCCUCUUGCAGGGACUCCAGGUCCAUGGGGUAGAAGAACUGGAGAGCUUUUAA